AUGGAUCCGGAUGACCUCAUAUUGCAGGAAGAAGUUAAGGAUGCAAAAGCGGGUACUUCUCUAAGUUCUUCGCAGUCUUCAAUGGAGUUUUCAUUUCUUGGCGAAAGAGAUAAGCCGAUGAAAAAGGAUGGCAUGAGAAUCAAGAUGAAACUUCAGGAUGCCGAACAUCGGCGCCGAUUUGAAAGGUUUCUCAAUUUUUGCGGCAUCGAGCAAAGUGUGAUCAACGGGAGCUCUGUGGGUUUGCACGGUGGGCACAAUGACUCUAGGAACAGUAGUCGUGAGAGCGUUUCAUCCAGUGCUAACUUGGAAGCCUCGACUGAAGUGCCUCAGAACUAUCUUUACCCAUUCUAUCGCAAUGAUGAAGACCGAUAUUACUCUCGGCAUUUUUCCGUUUCGAGCCUCGAGGGACAAGAGUACGGUGAAGAGAAACAAGACUCCGACGACGACCAACAGAGGAAUGGUGCAUUUGUCAGAGACGAUUACGGUACUCUUCAAUUUACUGUUGGUGAUGGAUACACAGAAUUCUCUAACCUUGGCAAAAAGUAUCCGGAGACUUUGACCAGAAACCUUGCGGAGUUGGGACUUCCUGUGAACUCCAACGAUACAUUUGCCAACUUUGAGAAUCAUUCUUCAGUUUUCAACGUGAAUCUAGAACCGUCUUUUCAAGCCUCGGAAACUUUAGAACAUGCUGUGAGAAUUCAGCCUGCUGUCAAAUAUCCAGAUCCACUAACAUUGAAGUUUCAUCGUGUCAAUCGAAUGAGUUUCUUCUUUGAGAGAAAGUAUAAAAAUAACAUUGCAGUAUGUUCUCAGAAACAUGAUCUUAUCUUCAUUGCUGCAAACUCUGCCGUCGAAGUAUUUGAGCCUAUCUCUUUAUCUGAGACUCAGUCAUGGGACCCUGUUUUGGAAUUUGAAACUCGUCCUUCUGUUACUACAGAGCUGCAAAGGAACAACUCUACAUGGCCUUACUAUCCUCAUUCAAUCAACUUCAUGAGUAUUGGCUAUUUGCUUGGAAAAGAAGUCUUGAAUAUAACGGUGGAUGAUGGCCGAGUUCUUAUAUACUACACACAGUCUCUUGUGGAAGAGGUUAUUAGUAGUAUAGCUAGAACCAAGGCUUUGAGACAGAUUUAUACGAUUAAUCCUGAUAUUGAAUUGGUCAUGAAAUCUUCUGCUUGGGGUGUUGAUACAUUGGGAAACUUGAUUGUUGUCUCAGAUAAUACUCAGCGCAUCACUCUUUUCUACUACGAUGAGAAGACUAGAAAGGUUUUCUCGGUUGUUACUCAUCAGUUGGUGCAUAACAUUCCAUCUGUUUCUUUUAUAAGAGAUUCGAGUAGUGAUAGUGCAGUUUAUGUUUCCGCAGGUUCUAUUUCUAAAGAAUUGGUUGUGUUUAAAUUCUCCUUUGUUGUCUCUCAUGACAAUGACUUAGGCAUAUCUGUUCGAUUUAUUAGACCUCAAGUGGUCAGUCGAUCUGUAAUGAGCGGUGAUAUCUGGACAACCCAUUACGUAAACGGAAAAUAUUUCAAAAAGGUUAACUCUCUUCAAUUAGUCACUGGUGAUCCAUGGGUCGAUCAUGAUAAUGUCACAGUGAAUCGUGUACUCAACGAGAGUAAGAUAUUGAGAACGGAAUCUGAUGAAUGUUAUUCUAGUCACCUUGGUCUAGCGGCAGAGUUUCAGAAUUUUUUCAUUCCUACUCUUUCAUUUAACGAUCCAUACUAUUCUAGGAGCUUCAAGUCGCUUACUACAGAUACUGACAGGUUCAGACGCAUAAAAAAGAUGUAUGAUGAUUACUACAACCUCAAACAACGAGGUAAAUGUCCGGAUCACAAGUCUAAGAAUGCAAAACAUUAUUGGGAGCCCGUCGUUUCCAGUCCCGCUUUUAAUCUUCAGUUUCUUUUGGUGUCUGGAAAAGUUCAGGUCGGCUUAUUUCGAGUAAAUAGGUUACUUCACAAUGCCACGGUUUCUAAUCUUUUUGAGUAUAAGGCUCCAAAUGAAGAGAUGUCGCAUUCUGAUCGUCUUUCGUUGAGUCUCGUGAUUCCAGAACUAAGUUGCUAUAUUGUAGCUUCUCAAGUGGGAUUGGUAUCAGUAUUCCGUUUAACUGAAUACAGAGGCAUAUACGGUAUGAGACAGGAGUACGUUGUCCCCAAUUAUGAAAAGUUGUCCACAGGUAGUGCAUUAGGAAUCCGCACCUUGAUUGGAUUGACAUACAAAAAAAUCGGUCACUGCCGUUAUCUACUCUAUUUGGUUUACAUUGAUGGCUUACUUCUCAGUUACACGCUAACGGAUAAGGACUUUGAUUCGACGAAGUCGCUUGGUUACUUAUGA